AUGAGAUGUGAUCCAACACCAGCUUUGACUACUUUCGUCGCUUACGCCCCAACAUCAAGCUACGAGGAAGAGGAAGUCGAAGCUUUCUGUAUGGACCUGGAGAAGUUCUACCGAGAAGAUCAUGCCUUCUACAAGGUCAUAAUUGGCGAUUUCAACGCCAAAGUUGAGCCAAGAAGAACGCCGGAGAAACUUCACACCGGGACCCACGACCUACAAUGGAAUGACAAGGGGGAGAAGCUCCCCGAGUUCAUCAUGAUGACUAAGACCAUCCAUAAGAACUCCCAAUUCCAGAAGCACUCCUCUCUACGCUGGACCUGGGAGUCACCCGGUGGAGGAUACCGUAAUGAAAUAGACCACAUCAUCGUCAACAAAAGAGGCGGCGAAAAGCAUCCGCUAUGCCCGUCGAGACUUCGCCAGUCGCAAGACGAGAAUCACUGCUCUCCGGAACCCAAAGGGAACAGCCAUUGCAUCGAGAAGGGGGUGGAGAAAAUCAUCUACGACUUCUACUCUGAUCUCUUCGACAGCCAUGUCCACUUGCUUCCUCACCAUCUGAGGGAAGACGGACAAGUCAUUCCAGAGGUUCUCCCUUCCGAAAUACGACAUGUUCUCUUAUCGGUAAGAAAUCGUACGAUACCCGGUCCCGACAGAAUAAAACCAGAACAACUGAAGAACCUUCCGCCAGUACUCAUCAACACCCUGGCGAGGCUCUUUACACGUUAUCUGUCGGAAUGCAAGGUUCCUAAACAGUGGAAGACCAACAAGACCGUGUUUUUGUAUAAAAAGGGAGAUCCACAUGACAUUGGCAACUAUUGUCCAACUUGCUUACUGUCCGUCAUCUACAAGCUCUUUACAAGAGCGAUCCUUAAUAGGACUGAAAAUGUGUUGGAUGAAGGACAGCCAUGCAAGCAGGAUUUCGAAAAGGAUUCAGUACGAUUGACCACAUUCAUACUGUUUCGAAACUCAUCAAGAGACGGAAGCGGUCGUAGAAGCCUUGGACAACCAAGGCGUCCCUACUCAGUACAUAAAGCCACCCUCGAGAACGCAAUGCGAAAGUUGGAAUGGGACGACAUGGGAGUGAAGGUUGAUGGUCGGCAGCUACACCAUUUGCGCUUUGCUGAUGACAUCGUACUGGUAACACCUAGCAUCAGCCAAGCGGAACGAAUGCUGACCGAGAUAAAAUAUGUGGAUGCAUCGCAUCGAGGAUGUAGUGAGGAAGACCAGGAACAACCUGCUCAGCUCUUCAACACUACCGUACCUCCUGCUUUGACCUAUGCUUCGGAAACCUGGGCAUUUCGCAAGCAGGAAGAAAACGCGGUGAGCGUCAUUGAACGCGCAAUUGAAAGAGUGUUGCUAGGAGUAUCCCGUUUCACGCAAGUGAGGGACGGGAUUCGAAGUUCUCUCCUACGUCAACGAUCGAAGAUUAGAGACGCCGCCGCGUUUGCCAAGGAAAGUAAAAUAAGGUGGGCUGGACACGUGAUGCGCUUUAUCGACAACCGUUGGACCAGAACCGUGAGCGACUGGGUUCCCCGCGAUAUUAAGCGCACUACAGGAAGACCGCCGACCCGAUGGUCAAAUUUCUUCACGAAGUCCUUCAAAAAAAAUUAUGAUGCUCUUCGUGUCCCACGCGAAAGGAGAAUCCACUGGGCUACUCUGGCACGCGACCGGGACAAAUGGAAGAAUUACUGGCUCUUGCUCGACCAGUUCGAAGAUCAACGGGAGUCAAGGUGA